AUGGGCGGGGCGAUCAGGCUACCUGGGCCGUUUGCCGGCGAGGGCUCUUGGGCGGGAAAUCGUCACUCGGGGGAGGAAUCUAUCGAGAGGUUGAGGGAAUCAGAGCUGCCGUUGUUCUCGCUCCCCAUAACAAGAGCGGCGGCAAGGGGAGAAGGACAAGUUGGUGAAGGGGUUGACGACGCAGUUGUGUGGAUGAAAGCGAAGCGAAAACUCAGGAGUACAUGGGCGACAUGGUCAACACUACGUCGAUUUAUGUUGCGAAGAAGGCGGAUUUUGGCGUUGCUUGUUGUAUUACUGCUCGCAGGCUUCUUUGCAGGAUACUUGUACAACACGGAGACGGCCAUCAAUGCGAUCUGGAUCCCAGACAAGGACUCAAUAUCAUUUGGUAAGAAGCCGUUGCCGCCGCCGCUGGAACGGACACAAAUUACAAACUACACACUGCCGCUUCGCACCAAGGGUCGAAAUAUCGUCGAUGUAGAGGGGAGGCGAUUCAAACUGGCUUCGAUAAACUGGUACGGCGCAAGCGACGAGUUAUUCGUCCCGGGAGGGCUUGACAUACAGCACCGCAAAGUUAUUGCGCAGACCAUCAAGAAACUGGGCUUCAAUAGCGUACGACUGCCCUAUGCAGAUGAGUUGGUGACCAAGAAUCCCGUCCUCGACGCCAAGCUGGUCAAGGCGAAUCCAGACCUCGCAGGACUACGGGCACUGGACGUCCUGGAAGCUGUUACAACGACACUUACAGAAGAAGGGAUCGCCGUUAUUGUGAACAAUCACAUCACGAGGGCGACAUGGUGCUGUGGCGCGAACCCAUGCGACGCGGCCUGGGCAAACGACUACCUCCUGGGAAUAUGUAAAGUCACACAGACAGAAGACGACUGGAUACGAAACUGGGAAACAGUCAUGGCAAGAUUCACCAACAACUCGCUCGUCAUUGGCGCCGACCUGCGCAACGAAGUCCGCGGCCUCUGGGGCACGAUGCCAUGGUCCAAGUGGGCGAGGGCAGCUGAACGCUGUGGAAACCGCCUCCUGGCCCUGAACCCGAACUGGCUGAUCGUCGUCGAGGGGACAGAGUCGUCCAACGACCUGCGCGGCGUGCGAGGCCGGCCCGUGAAGCUCGACGUCGCGAACCGGCUGGUGUACUCGGCGCAUGUGUACGCCUGGUCUGGCUGGGGCAGUUUCGGGGGCCGCUUCUCCAAGAGGAGCUACGGGUCGUUUAGGGAGAGCAUGCGCGAGCACUGGGGGUAUUUGCUGGAAGGGGACUCGGCGCCCGUCUGGGUUGGCGAGGUUGGCGCGCCGAGGGUGCCGGCGAGUGUGGGCGAUGUGAGGUAUUGGAGGAACUUGUGGCGGUAUCUGGGGGAGGUGGAUGCGGAUUUUGGGUAUUGGGCUUUGAAUCCGAGGAAGGCGGCGGGGAAUGUGAGUGAGAGUUAUGCGGUGGUUGGGGAUGAUUGGGUGACGGCGGUGUUGGAUUAUAGGAUGAUGAGUAUGGUGGAGGCGAUGAGGAGGUGA